UUUUCCGGUCUCUUUCGUAUCGGCCCUAGAACGAAGAUGACGAAGGGUACGUCGUCUUUUGGUAAGCGUCGCAAUAAGACGCACACUUUGUGCCGUCGUUGUGGUUCCAAGGCUUACCACUUGCAGAAAUCUACCUGCGGGAAAUGCGGAUACCCCGCCAAGCGCAAGAGAAAGUACAACUGGAGCGCUAAGGCUAAGAGGCGCAGCACCACUGGAACUGGCCGCAUGAGACACAUGAAGGUUGUCUUCCGCAGAUUCAGAAAUGGAUUCCGUGAGGGCACCGUGCCCAAACCCAGGCGUGCAGCUGUGGCAGCAUCCAGCUCUUCAUAAACGAUGUUGAAUAAACGUGGUGUUAAUAAGA